AAUACCCACGGUUCUUGCGUCUGUGGACUGUUCAAUCUUUGUGUUUUGAAAAGUCUUCCGAACAUUCACCAUUUCCGACCUAGGUAGUCGCAACCAAAAUUCACCAUGCCACCAAAAGCAAACUCGCUUGCAGACCCUAGCUCGGGCGCGUCAUCUCCAGACCCACUUACUUUCGCGACAAGCCCAGCUCCUGGAAAGGGCAGAGCGACGCGCAGGACGUCCAGGUUUGCCCAGCCUUUGGCACCGCGCUCUCCGAACGUGGCAGCUUCCGAUCCGUUCUUGGACAGGCCCAUCCAUGAAAGGACUACCCCUUCCAAGUCUCUGACCAUGUCUACCCCCGGAGGCAGAGGAGCUUCUCCGUGGCGUAUCAAAGUCACUGUGGAAGCAGAACAAGAUGACGAUGACGACUGCAUCACGGUCAAGCGUCCUUCUACCCGUAUUGAGACGAAAACUACGACCAUUCCCGUAAAAGGUUUGGAAAGCUCGUCACCAGUUAAAAAAGGAAGAGGAAGACCCAGAAAGUCCGACACCGCGCCUCCUGCCACGCAGAAGCGUAAUGGUACACCAAUCCGCAGGAGAAGAAAGUCUGUUACGAAGAGCCCAGAAGAUGAAAGCGACUCGUCCUUCAAUGAUGCCACUUUUCCGCCCAAAAACCGCCAACAAUCUCGAAAGAGCACAGCAAAAGACACUCAAGUGCCUGAGCCGAUCCGGGCGACGCUUAUGUAUGGCCCGAGAUCAACAGAGGGAACACCCGUUCCCGAGAGAAAUUAUCACAACUCAAACGAAUCUCCGUUCGGAGAGCCGGAUCCUGCAUCUCAGCCAGCCUCGUCUAUUGGACGUAGAAGGUCAACGCGGCUCAGCCGCAGGCUUAGCGAUGCUGCCGCGGAAACCAGUGGACCGGUCCAGCAACCUCAAGGCCCUGCGGCCGACACAGAGAGACACAACUCGUCAGAGUCCGGAAAAGACGCAGAAAUGUGGCGCGCCAUGACUAGUAACUAUGAAUACGAAAGCGAGGAGACCGCAGAGGGGCAAGGGGAAGAAGAUGAAGACGGGGAAGAACAGGAAGAUGAAGAAAAUGAGGAUGAUGAGGAAGAAGAGGAAUACUCGGAUGAUGGUGGAUUUGAAAUGACCAUGCCCGACGUCACUGUGCCCGAUAUCACGGUUCCAGACGUCGUCGGUGACACUACAAUGAUCAACAGCGAGAACUUCAGCAUGGUCUCCAUAGACUCACUACCAAGCAGGCAAGCUGCUCUGAGUAGCCCUCUCGCGCGAAAGGCGAUUGCGAACCAGCAACAACAGUCCGCCAAAGGUCCUUCUCGGCAGCUUAACUUCGCUACCGAGAAAGCUAAACAAUCUAUCGAUCUUCCGAGUGCUCCACCACCAGAGCCUGAGCCUAACGAGGAAUCUCUCGUAGAAGACUCGGCUUUGUCGGUCUCGUACAUGCCGUCUUCUCCACCUGUCCGCUUCUCUGCUCCAACACCAAAGACCGUAAAAUCGCCUCCUGCUCCGCCGGCCACCAAAGCUGCUUCUCGCCCUUCUCCGAAGAAACCGACAGUACUCAAGCUUGUAAAUGUUGUUAGGGCUGGACUGGCCCUUCAAGGUGUAGUAAACGGUAAUAACCGCGGAACGCUCGACAGGAGGCCUUCGGAUGAUAUCAGAGAGCGCGCUCAGCUGAGGAGGCUGGACAAAGUGUUCAACGACUUCAAGCCCAAGACUAGGAGGGAGCUGCAAGCUGGUCUGCGACUUGGUCAGCAGCUGGCAGAACGCGCACGAUCGCGUGCCACAACCCGUGAAACUACCCGAGACCCCAGCCCUCCCCAAAAAGAAUCUCAGACCGGCAAUGAUGUUUCUGGCAGAAGAGUCGCGGUGCCUCCAGCAGGCUCGGCCAGCGAUUCGAAUGAGCAGCGCCUUCCUACCCCGGAGGAAAAUGAUCACGCAUCUACCGCCCAGCUUUCUUCCGAACAACAGGUUAGCUACCCUAAGCUCAACACCGAGUCCCAACCCGUUCAGCUCGUUAGCCCAGCUAGGAGUCAAAUAAGCGACGAUGGAAUGAGCUGGAAGGCUAAUACGCCGCCAUCGACGAAGGCCAGUUCUCAGGAAGAAGGCCAAGAAGGCAAUUCCCGUCCUAUAAACUUCAUGGAUUACGAGGAUAGUGUUUUACAACAACAACCUGGAGAAGAUUUCGACCAUUACUGGCAGCGCCGUCGUGAAACAAUCAGUAAAAAGAUUCAGGAUGCCAAUGCCAGCCAGGUUAUUGUCAUCAACUCAGAUGAGGGUAGCAGCGAGCUCUCCGAGCAAAAUCUUCAGGAUAGCGAUAUCUGGGAAGAGGAAGCUAGUCGAGAUUCCUCCACGCGGGCAUCCCGUAGACGCCAGCGGCAGGCAAGCCCGCAACAACAGCAGAGUACUUUGGCCAGUGGUUCUAAUGCUUCCAAGUCUCGCCACGGCAGGGUUGCUGAAUCUCCGAAGGACGGAGAGCCUAUCAAUGCUCAAGCUAGCAAGGGUGCGGAGGAGUUGAAGGCUGGCUCGCAAUCAGAACCAUCUUCGAACUCUUCUGAACGCGCCAAGACGCCGGAAACCGUAUCAGACGAUGCAGACAGCACUGGGAUUUUCUGGCAAAAGCCCGAUGCUACCGCAUCAAAGCAACCAGAGCCUUCCCAAUUGAAGAGCGACAAGAUGGACCUUUCCAUGCUCCUUGGCACGAACGACAUUCCUCAAAAGAGCAAUGCGUUCAAUCCUCAACGAAUGCCCGAGAACAUGGUCUUUAAAGCACCGUACAAUGCGGGCACCAAGCUGACUUCUCCGACCAGGGGUAGUCCGCUGAAACAGCAGGUGGUGUUUUCUUCACCUACGGCUGCCAGCAGUAGCCCGUACAGCAAAAUUUCGCAUAGCAUCGAGGCGUCGGCGCUCCUCCAGGACUCCGUGCUUGAUAGUUCGAUGGCACAGGAGGGUGACUCUAUGACCUCGGACAUCAGGCAGCUUCGCGCAGAGGCGGAAGCGUACCGGAAUAUGAAGAGCCUUACGCCUCGGAACGAUCAUCCCGUGCACCAGAACGAGGAUGUUGAGAUCGAGGACGCACCUGCAAUGCCGGAAGAGCGGAUCCAGCCCUCGCCGCACCGCGGCAACACGCACAUGACGUCCCUGCACCUGGGCAGCAAUCGCGACCGAAAGCCACUUUUCGCCGCUGCACCAACCGCGCCCGCUGCCCCCAAGCCUACCACACCAGAGAUCCACCCCUCGCAUGUGCAAGCGCUGCAAGCUCUCCAGCAGCAGCAGCAGCAGCAGCAAAGCAAUAGCGGCGUCUUCUCGCGGGUGUGGUCCACUCUGGGCAGUAGCAACAACGCUGCCACGCCCACGCCCACACCUCUCCAUCCGCUCGCGGCGCCUAUGCCCGCCCUCCCCAAGCACGCCCCCUGGACCAACACACACUACCGCGCGCUCGACGCGCUAUACCAGCACUCCAAAGCCUCACCCCGCCUCUUCAGCCCCACCAACCCCCUCAACGCCUCACUCCUAUCCGCUCCGCGCCCCACCGCGCGCCUCAGUUCGCGCACCGGCCAGCUUGUCUGGAGCGACACGCCGCUGUCGUCGUACCGGGGACAAACAAUGCCGCUGCCGGGCGGCGGGGGCGGGACACUGACGCUGACGGACGAGAUGCUCGUUGUCGCGGGCGCGUUUUUGCAGCUGUUGACGCUGGAGACGGCGGGCGAGUUUAAGGCGUGGACGGGGCGCGAGCUCGAGCCUGCGAGGGGCCGCGACGAGCCGUUGAGGGUGGGCGAGCAGAUUUGGGCGUGGGCUGUGCUGGCGAGGUUGGCUAGUGUGGUGCAUGGGGAGGAGGUGAGGGAGGGGGAGAGACGGGCGAGGAGGGAGGCGAGGGGCGUGAGGGCUUAGAUAUUGGUAGAUGGGGUGUUGUUGUUGUUGUGGUGGUGGUGGUUGGUUGGAGGUGGGUGGAGGUGGAUGAUGUUGUUUUCUCUCACUUUCUUUUCUUGCUCUUUCUCUCUUCUCGGUUGGUUGUAAAGGCGUUCGAGGGCAGAUACGUACUCUGUACAGAGGCACGGCUACGCUACUUUUCUGUAGUAUGUACGUAUAUUCUGACGAAGUCACGAUCACGGUCAGGCUCGGCAAUGGACAAUUGAAUAAUCAGAUUUUACGU